AUGGCCCGAAUGAAGCUGAGAAAGCUGGAGGAGUACCUGCAAGGUGUUGAUGGCUUCGAGCAGCCCAAGAUCUUGCUGGAACAGUAUCCCACUCCGCCGCACAUUGCCGCCUGUAUGGCCCAUCAUAUGCAGGCGCAGCACGGCGAUAUCGAGGGCAGGCUGGUGGGAGAUCUGGGCUGUGGCUGCGGAAUGCUCAGCAUUGCAUCCACUCUGCUGGGCGCCCAACUCACAGUGGGCUUCGAACUGGACGGCGAUGCGGUGGACACAUUCAGAAGCAAUGUGGUGGAGAUGGAACUGCCCAACGUGGACUGCGUGCGGGCGGAUGUGCUGCAGCUGGCGGGGAGCAAGUGGGAGAAGUCCUUCGACACGGUGGUGAUGAACCCACCAUUCGGCACAAAACACAAUGCUGGCAUGGACAUGCGAUUCCUGGAAGUUGCUCUGCAAUUGGCCAACACAGCGGUCUACUCCCUGCACAAGACUUCAACAAGAGCCUACAUCCAGAAAAAGGCCCAGGAAUGGGGCGCCCGUGGCUCAGUGAUUGCCGAACUCCGCUACAACAUCGAUGCCAGCUACAAAUUCCAUAAGCACAAGUCCAAAGACAUUGAGGUGGACUUCUGGCGCUUCGACAUCAGUGAAGAAUAGAAAUAAUUAACUCGGUUGCAUUUAAUUUUGGACAUUAUUUAUGUAUUUUAAAUUGUAGCAAAUAGGAAAAUAUUAAAAUUGAUCAUAUCUCUUUUCUACUCCA